AUGCUUGGUGAUGGGGACUCAGCAACAUAUAAUAAAAUUGUUCAGAGGAAGCCUUAUGGAGAUGAAUGUAUACCCAAGAAAUUGGAGUGCAUUGGUCAUGUCCAAAAACGGGUUGGCAGCAGGUUGCGCAAGUUAAAAAGUGCAAAUAAAGGUUUGAAAUUGGCUGAUGGGAAAGGACUAGGAGGCAAAGGAAGAUUGACUGAUGGAAAGAUUGAUGUUUUGCAAAACUAUUAUGGACUUGCUGUGAGGGAGAAUUUGGAUGAUGUAGACCAAAUGGCCAAAUCGAUUAAAGCAAGUUUAUACCAUGUUGCUUCAACAGAUUUAAACCCUCAACAUCAUCUUUGUCCGAAUGGCGAAGACAGUUGGUGCGGAUACAAGAGGGACGAAGAAUCGUACAAACACAAGAAUGGUAUACCUGAGUGCAUUGUCAAGAAAAUUAAACCAAUCUUUGAUGAAUUAAGCCAACCUCAAUUGCUCCAAAAAUGCACUCAUGGAAUGACACAAAAUGUCAAUGAGUGUCUAAAUGGCCUAAUUUGGGAUCGCUGUCCCAAAACCACAUAUGUGGAACAUGAAACUGUAGCUCUGUCUACAUAUUUGGCUGUCGUGAAAUUUAAUGAUGGGGACAUUUCCUUUCUAAAGAUUUUUGAAGGCUUAGAUAUCAAGCCUGGUUCAUUUACUGCACAAGGUUGUCAAGAUUGUGACCAAUCACGAAUUGAGCUGUCGGCCAAAAAGAGCAAGGAAACAGUAAAAAGUAGAAGAAAAACAUUGAGGCACCUCAGGAAAAACUUUGUUGAUGAGAUAGAAGAGAAAGAAGGUGUGGUUUAUGAAGCUGGGAGCUUUUAACACUUUUUAAGGUACAUUGACAUUAAAGCAAACUUUUCAAUUAAAUUUUCUCAUUUUUGCUAUUUCUCAGGUAUCAUCAAUCUUUGUGACAUUAUAAUUUUGUAAAUAUUAGCUGUAUUAGAUUGAUAUUUGGUGUGGUUACUUUCAAUAACAUUAUCUAGUGAAUAAAGCUCUUCAGAUAUUGAUAUUUUUUAUCAUUGAUGAAUUAUUUGCAAAUUGCUUCCACAAAGGCACUAAUUUAUUCAUAAAAUUAUUCAAAUAUUUAAAAUUUGGCUCAAUUUUUUUUUAAAGGAUUUUAAACAAAAUUGAAGAGCUUUAGGCACUAGUUCAUUCUCCAAGCUUUCUGAAAAUAUAUUGUUCAUUAAAUUUGGUUCAUUAGUUCCUGAGUUAUGAUGUGUCCGAUGCUUUGCGAUUAUGCGUUAAUUAGUGGCCGCCAUAUUGGAUAAUUAGUGUAAUUAAUGUUUUUCCCAAAUUUUUUUUCCAUGGGUCAAUUCUCUUUCCCUUACCCUUUCAAAAUAUGAUAUUUUCACAUUGAUCUCUUUAAAAACUAAGAAAAAAGUUGUAGUGGGGUUUGACUACCUUAAUUAAUUAAGAUUUGAUAUUGAAGAGUUAAAUAUCUCUCCAAAGCUGGCUAAAGUAAUCGAGCUUCGUGGUCUUAAAAUCUUGCACCAGAAUAUUCAAAGUCUCCGUUGCAAAAUUGACGAACUGAGACUUCUGUUACAUAAGCUUAACUCUGGUGUUCAGUUGUUGGCUCUAACAGAGACGUAGGCUAAUCGUAAUAUAACGGAUGAGGAAUUUGAAAUACCGGGGUAUAACUUGUAUCGAAAGGAUAGAGGAAGUAAAGGCGGAGGAGUAGCAGUAUUUGUCAGAAAUGAUUUGGUAAUUACGAGGGGAGAGGAUCUGGAGAAGUCCGAUGUUGAAGGACAGGAGAUAACUUUACCAAAAUCGCGUAGUUUUCUCCUGGGAACAUUUUAUCGGGCGCCGAAUUCUUCGACUUACUAUGAUAAAAACUUUAUGUUUAAACUAGAAGAUAUCCUGGACAUUGCUGUCUCACAAAACCAGGAAGUAAUUUUAUUAGGUGACUGGAAUACCAAUUUCUUGCAACCCAAAGCUACCAUUACUGAAUGUAAACAAUUGAAAGCGCUAUUUCGGACAUUGUAUUUUAAACAACUGAUCAAUGAACCGACUAGAAUUACUAAGGACUCACGCACACUUAUAGAUUUGAUAGCUACAAAUAACCCACAGAACAAAAGCGAUUCCGGAGCAAUAAGUACCAGCCUGAGUGAUCAUGAGAUGGUUUAUUGUGUUCGCAAAUUGAAUUGGAAAAAAGCACCAUCCCAAACUAAAACGUUUAGAAACUAUGCUAAUUACAAUCAUGCAAAUUUUUGUGAAGACCUCAAAAAUGUUAAUUUACGUCCCGAAGGCGAAGAAAGUUCAGCUGAUGUUAAUCAGCUCUGGGACGCUUUUGAAAAUGGCUUUAUUUCCAUUGCCAAUAAACACGCACCUGUUAUACAAAAGCGCAUACGUGGAGUUGAUAAUAGUCCUUUUCUGAACAAUGACAUAAGACGUGCUAUGCAUGAACGCGCUUAUUUUCUUAAAAAAGCGAGAAAAUCUGGGCUUGUUGAAGAUUGAUCGACUUACCGUUGUCUUAGAAACCGCGUGACAAACUCGAUCAGAAGGGCAAAGGAAUCAUAUAAUAGGCGUAUUAUUGAGGAAAAUAGCAAUGAUAGCAAGGCGUUUUGGAAAACGAUAAAAAAGGUUUUACCAGACGAAAGUAAGAAAUUAUCUCCUACUAUGUUUGAUGAAAAUGACAAUGUUUGUCACGAUAAGCAUCGAAUCGCGAACAUGUUUAACAGAUUUUUUGUGACUGUCGUUGAUCGUCUUCGUGAGUCAUUUGUGACUCCCAUGGUGGCUACUUGGAAUUAUGUCGCUGUUGGGCAUCUACAACAAUCUCACCGCCAACCUUUUCAGUUUAACGAUGUCACAGAAAGUUUCGUCUUAACUCAACUUAGUUGUUUAAAGAUACGGAAAGCUCCUGGUUUGGAUAAUAUCCCCCCUCGUCUUCUUAAAGACAGUGCUACUAUUAUUGCCGAGCCUCUCGCGAAUAUUAUCAAUGCUUCCUUACGUCAAAUGCAAGGUACCCGAUGCUUGGAAAGCCGCCCGCGUGAUCCCGUUGUUUAAGAAGGGAAAAGUUGAAAAUGUAAGUAACUAUCGGCCAAUUUCCAUCUUAUCAGCCGCGUCAAAACUGCUGGAAAAAGCUGUUCACAUGCAGCUUUGUGGUUACCUGUUGGAGCAUAAGAUCUUGAGUCCGUACCAGUGUGGCUUUCGCAAGCUCCAUUCUACCCAAUCUGCUGCUCUCUCGUUCGCUGAUACCAUCAGGCGUAACAUUGAUCAAGGAAUCAUGACUGGAGCUGUGUUUAUAGAUUUAAGUAAAGCCUUUGACAGCAUUGACCAUAGCAUCUUAUUGAAGAAGCUCUUCUCUAUGAGUAUUGUUGGCAGGGAACAUGAAUGGUUUGCGGACUAUCUUCGUGGUAGAACGCAAAUUGUUGAUUAUCAAGGAACAUUUUCAGAUCAAGAGGCAGUUAUUGUUGGUGUACCCCAAGGGUCUAUUCUCGGCCCUUUGCUGUUUGUAUUACAUGUGAAUGAUUUGCCGAGUGUUAUUCGACAUUGCCAGAUUCUUAUGUACGCCGACGGCACAGUAGUUUUUUAUUCUGGGAAGAUUGCGUCAACAAUUUUGAGGAAACUUACUGAAGAUCUUGAUGUUAUCGGUUCGUGGCUAUGCAGUAACAGUUUGUUUCUAAAUGUAACUAAGACUGAAGCUAUGUUGUUUGGUACACAGGCUAGACUUUCUCAAGUUGAUGACUUCUGCGUAACAUUUAAUGGAAAUCCGAUAAAACGUGUAUCUGAAUUUAAAUACUUAGGAAUUCAGUUUGAUGAAAAAAUUUCAUGGAAUGCUCAUGUUAAGUAUAUUACUUCAAGAGUAGGGAAACGAUUAG